UUUCAGCUACAAUUAAUGCUCCUUCUCAAAAGGACCCUUCCUCCAAUUUUCGAAUAUUUUAUGGAGCUGAAAUUGAUUGUAUAGUGCCCUCGAGUGGACAAUAUUUGGGGCUCAAAACACAAUAUAAAAUGCUUGGAUUUGGGCAGGGAUUUACUGAUAAAGUCUUAAGAUGGUGGGCCCAAGCUUAUUUGGCUGGAAUUAGAAAAUUGGCUAUUGGAAUUCAUGAAAAUGGUCGAUUAAAUCAAGUUGAAUAUCUCGAAAUGAGUUCUUUGGCUAAUCAUUUGUCCAUGUCUGGUGUCAAUGUGGCUUGCUGCUUUGUUUUUCUGUAUAAAUUUCUUGAGGCAGUCAAAAAAUAUUUGGAUAUGGCACCUGAGGGAGUUAUUCUCUUAUCUGAACGUUUACCUACCUCAACUGAAUUCAAUUUUAAAUUGUUUGAUCCAGGCAGUGCAGAAGCGGCAAUUUAUGAGGUUAUAAGUAAUGAAUUUAAGUCUCAUGGUUGGCUUUAA